CCGUUUUUCUGCGUGCCCUCCCAGAACUAGGCGCUGUCCUUCAGGUCCAUGCAGGUCCAUGGUAACGCCGUACAAAAUUAAAAGGAGGCAGAGGAGUUUCCAAGUGUUUCCAAGCUUUGGUGCGAUCGGUAGCAAAAUGGCAGCGAGCGACUCUAUCACAGACGACAGCCUUUAUCCGAUUGCAGUUUUGAUCGACGAACUAAAAAACGAAGAUGUACAGUUACGGCUGAACUCUAUAAAAAAAUUAUCUACAAUUGCUCUUGCUUUGGGUAUUGAACGAACACGUACUGAAUUGAUACCAUUUUUAACGGAGUCUAUGUAUGAUGAAGAUGAAGUGCUUCUAGGAUUGGCAGAACAGCUUGGACAGUUUACUCCUCUUGUAGGAGGUCCAUUAUAUGUUCACUGUUUAUUGAAACCUUUAGAAACUUUGGCAACAGUCGAAGAAACAGUAGUUCGAGAUAAAGCAGUAGAAUCUUUAAGAACAAUUGCUGCUGAGCACAGCCCAACGGACUUAGAAGAGCACUUUGUUCCUUUGAUACAUCGCUUAGCCACAGGAGAUUGGUUUACAUCAAGAACAUCAGCAUGUGGCUUGUUCAGCGUUUGUUACUCACGAGUCAGUCCAUCAGAAAAGGCAUGUUUACGAAACCAUUUUCGUAACUUAUGUCAAGAUGAUACACCAAUGGCACGUCGAUCUGCUGCUUCAAACUUAGGAGAAUUUGCAAAAGUUAUGGAAAUAGAAUAUGUGAAAGCAGAUUUAAUUCCGAUGUUUGUCAUUCUGGCACAAGACGAACAAGACUCAGUGCGUCUCUUAGCUGUUGAAGCAUGCGUUAGUAUUGCAGCUUUGUUACCACAAGAAGAUGUAGAACAAUUAGUAAUGCCCACACUUCGACAGUGUGCAACUGAUCAGUCAUGGCGUGUACGUUAUAUGGUGGCUGAUAAAUUCACUGAUCUGCAGAAAGCUGUUGGCCCAGAAAUUACGAAAGCAGAUCUUGUACCAGCAUUUCAAGUACUGUUAAAAGAUAUAGAGGCUGAAGUAAGAGCUGCAGCAGCUGAUAAAGUUCGUGACUUCUGUCAAAACCUCGACAAAUUCAAUCAGGAAUCGAUCAUUAUGACAAAUAUAUUACCAAUAGUUAAAGAACUUGUAUCGGAUCCGAAUCAACAUGUAAAAUCAGCUCUAGCAAGUGUAAUAAUGGGUCUUAGCCCAAUACUUGGAAAACACAAUACAAUCGAACAUCUACUACCCCUAUUCUUGUCACAACUCAGAGAUGAAUAUUCAGAAGUGCGUUUAAAUAUUAUCAGUAAUUUAGAAUGCGUCAACGAAGUUAUUGGCAUACAACAACUUUCACAGUCACUUUUGCCAGCUAUUGUAGAAUUAGCAGAAGAUUCAAAAUGGCGAGUGCGAUUAGCCAUUAUAGAGUACAUGCCAUUGCUAGCUGGGCAGCUUGGAGUUGAAUUUUUUAACGAUAAAUUAAAUUCUUUGUGUAUGACUUGGUUGGUGGAUCAUGUAUAUGCUAUCAGGGAAGCAGCUACGUUAAAUUUGAAAAAAUUGGUAGAAAAAUUCGGCCCUGACUGGGCACAAAACACAGUCAUACCAAAAGUUUUAGCAAUGUCAAGGGAUCAAAAUUAUCUUCACAGAAUGACAGUGUGUGGUCAAGAAAUAACAACAAACGUAAUGCUUCCAACUGUAUUAGAAAUGGCCACAGACAAUGUUGCUAAUGUCCGAUUUAAUGUUGCUAAAACUCUUCAAAAAAUCGGACCUUAUCUUGAGCCUUGUGCUGUGCAAGCUCAAGUAAAACCUGUACUUGUUAUGCUCAAUACUGACAGCGACGUCGAUGUGAAAUACUUUGCUUCAGAAGCAAUUGCAGGCAUCGCAGCGUAGGUUGAGAAAAAAAAGAAUUGCAUUUAAAAUUUAUCCAUCAGUAUCCAACUUCAACGUGAAGAAGUAACCUGCCGAAAUAUUUACACUUACACAUGGCAACAGGUAACAUUAAUGCACAGUCAGAGCAGAUCUAAUGUCAAGAAAUAUAUAACUUUAAAUUAGUAGUUCAUAUUAAAUUAUAUUUUAAGUUCUGUUAUAUCUGUAUAUCUAUGAUUAUAUUACUCAUUAAAUAUUCACUUU